UGGGAGCUGGGGUGGGGUCGCGGUUUCUUUUAUUUAUUUCACUUGGAACUGUGGGGGGCCUUUGGACUCCCUCGGGCCGAUUGCCCGGAAGUCCGGACCUGAAAAACCAGCGGAAAACAGGAGGCUUCAGGGCAGGUGGGGGACUAUGGUGAAGAGCGGCUCGCCCGGCUCGCCAGCCCUGCGGCGGCGGGUGAGAUGAGUGUUCACAAGGGGUUUGGCUCACUUGAGGAGCCCUUUCUUCUUGAGAAGGACCAGGAUGUCUUCCCUGGAAAGACAGGAUUGGAUGUGGAUACAGGAUUCUCUUACCAAAGAGGAGGUCAUAGGAAUGAGAGGAGAUGGAGAACAAGAUCUGAAUGGAGAACAGACUCUAUCCAGUGCCCAGGAAGGGAAGAAUGUAGCACAUGAGAAGAUUUUGGCAUCAGCCUUGGAUUCACCAGUUAUCCGGCAUUGGCCUGGGGUUAUCCAACCUGAAAAUGUCAUCCCUAUUUCUUGGGUUCUACAAGAAAAGACAGUGUCUUCCACCCCUGAAUCUGCCUUAGAUCAUGAGAACUGCCAAGAAGACAUAGCACAGGAAGAAGUGCCAUUGGUCAGCAAUCCCCAGAAGCUGGUGAUGUUUGAGGACAUAGCUGUGUACUUUACGCAGAAGGAAUGGAUGUGUUUAAUUCCUGCUCAGAGGGACCUCUAUAGGAAUGUGAUGCUGGAGAAUUAUCAGAAUUUGCUUUCUCUAGGAGCACUUCAAUUUCCCAAACCUGUUGUGAUCUCCCAGCUUGAACAAGGUCAGGAGUCGUAUAUUCUUGAUCCACAGGGAGCUGGGUUAAGAGUGGCCCCAAGAAGCUCCUGCAUAGAUCCAGGUAUUAGAACCAAGAUUGGGGAUGAAAAAUCAGCUGAAAAACUUGAAAAACUAAUGUUUGAAAAUAAGGAGGCACACUGGGUCAUGAAAAGUACCCAGAAGAAUCAGUGUGGAAAAUCCAUAGGAGAAACACUGAAAAAUAAGAAUGAAAAUUCUAGGAAGGUGAAUGACAAAGCUAAGAAAAUUAUGAUGGAUGUGUCAGAACUAAAAGGUAAAGAUCUAAAGGAAAGUUUGACUGAAAACUUGGAAUAUGUCAUAUGUAAGAGAGUUCCUAAUGGGUGUAGUUUCUGUGAAUGUAGCACAGGUUGUGAAAAUAACUGUUGGCAGUCAGACCUUAUUCUUCAUGAGGAAAUGCAUGUCAAAGAGAAAGCUUGUGAAUGUGAUGAAUGUGGAAAAGGUUUUAGGGUGUCCUCAGCUCUUACCUUACAUAAAAGAAUCCACAGUGGUGAGAAGCCUUACACAUGUGAUGACUGUGGGAAAGCCUUCAGCCAGAGCUCUGCCCUAACCCAACAUAAAAGAAUCCACAGUGGGGAGAGACCAUAUAUGUGUGACCAGUGCCACAAAGCCUUCAAUGGGAGCUCAGAUCUUAUUAAACACAAGAGAAUUCACACUGGAGAGAAACCUUAUGAAUGUGGGGACUGUGGGAAGUCCUUUAGGAAUAUCUCGGCCCUCACUGAACAUCACCGAAUCCAUACUGGAGAGAAACCUUUCGAAUGUAAUGAAUGCUGGAAGGCCUUCAGUAGCAGGUCAGCACUUUCUCAGCAUAAAGGGAUUCACAAUGGAGGGAAGCCCUAUGAAUGCAGUGACUGUGGGAAAACCUUCAAGACAAGGAAUUGUCUUACCAUGCAUCAGAAAAUUCACACUGGGGAGAAGCCUUAUGAAUGUAGUGAAUGUGGCAAGGCCUUCCAGUUUAGGCACUGCCUUACCAUGCAUCAGAGGAUCCACACUGGAGAGAAACCCUAUGAAUGUACAGAGUGUGGGAAGGCCUUUAGUGGUAGUUCAGACCUUACCAAACACAAGAGAAUCCACACUGGAGAAAAGCCUUACCAGUGUGCUGAGUGUGGGAAGGCUUUCAGUUGCAGCUCUGACCUUACCAAACAUAAAAUAAUUCACACUGGGGAGAAACCAUAUAGUUGUAAUCAGUGUGGAAAGGCCUUUGGUGGGAAGUCAGACCUUACCAAACAUAAACGAAUCCACACUGGGGAGAAGCCUUAUGAGUGUCAAGAGUGUGGAAAAGCCUUCAGUUAUAGCUCAGGCCUUAGACACCACAAGAAAGUCCAUAAUGGGGAGAAACCCUUUGAAUGUAAUGAGUGUGGGAAGACCUUUCAUCAAAGUUCAGAACUCAGUGUACACAAAAGACUCCACACGGGAGAAAAACCAUAUAAAUGUGAAAAGUGUGGGAAAACUUUCAGGGUGAGCUCAGAUCUCAAUGGGCAUAAAAUAAGAAAGCAUACUAAGGAGAAAUCCCCUGAGUUUGUAGAUGAAAAAUCAUAGAAUCCAAUAUGCUUUCCUCAACCUUAUGCACAUCUACCUCCUUGCAGCAGUUGAUACCAAGGAGACCUUACUUUUUGGAGAUAUAACCCUGAUUAAUAUUAUAUCUUGCUUAUUGUUAUUCUCAUUGCUCUUACCUUACCCUACUUUUCCCCCAUAGCUUCUAAUAACUAGUAAUAUAUUUUAUUUAUGCUAUUUAUUUGUAUGUAUAUUAUCUUACUACUUUGAUAGAGUAUAAACUCCAUGCAGGCAGGAAACCUUAUCUUUUGUUAACUGAUGUAUUAUUAUUCUAAGCCACUAUUAUCUAAGCCUGAUAAAUGGCAGGAGGUUGUGGGGGUGAAGUGGAGUGGGGGAGGAGGAAAGAAACUCAAUAAAUAGUUUUGAAUGAAAUUAAUUCCUUGGUUUCCAUGAUAUGCUGUUUCUUGGUUCCCCUUUUGUGUUUCCAACUGUUUUUUCCCCUUUGUCUUUGUUGACUGCAAUUGGUCCCCUCAUCCAUAAAAUGUGGCUGUAUAUCAUUAUGCUCUGUUAUUUAAGAAAAGUCUUCAUUGUCUUCAUUGCCUAGUUGCCUGUAUAUUCUCCUAACCUUCAAAACAAUCUUGUUUGACAAAAUAUUACUCUGUUCUCACCUUUAUGUCUAUAAUGUGUUUAAUGUAAAUAAACUAUACACAUGCUAUUUCUGUAUUAGAUUGGGCAUUUCAAGGCAUUAUCAUGGAAGGGAAAAAAUAAAUGUGUUUAUGCCAUUCACUUA